AGCCGCCAAGUGCGCUGCCAUCUUUCUUCUUUCGUCCUCUUUUCCUCUCUUUUUCGUCUCCUUCGCUCGAUAUCGGGUAGUACAUUCGACACCACGACAUGACAAUCGGAACGAUCAAGCCCAGGCGCAGUCUCGGUGCCAUCAUAGACUCUAUUCCUAGCCAACAGGAAUAUGUUCCAGAUUCUUGCUCGGAAAACUCAGGCUCCGAUUCAGAACGAGAUGCUCCCAUUCCAACUCUCAAACCCAUACCACUCACGCCUUUACCUCCCAGAUCAGCACGCUUGAUUAGCGAACUAGGGGCCGACCCCAUAAAAAUAGGGAAGAAGAACGAAAGAGAGGAGGCUAGAGCUGUACCUGGUGACGGCAAAAUAGAUACGAAGGUCCAUGGGGCUGUCGACACUUUAUUAGCGCCGGUAUUGUAUUUUGCCGUGCAGUGGAGGAAACCCCAAUUUAAGAAGCAUAAAACUUGGGAUGGGGAUGCCAACAUCAAGGUAGAAGGUAACAGGAUUGUAAUGCUUGACGAGGAUGGAAAUCAAAUGGCCGCUACCAAUGUUGGGGAUAAGGUGAUCAAGCCAGAAGCCGAAUUUAAGAUCGGUGGAUAUGAGAUCAUGGUAGAUCAUGUAUUGCAACAGGACCAAUUCAAAGCUAGUACCAGUAUUCUCAACAGACCUAAAGUUAUCCCAACAAUCAAAAGCACCGGCUACCGACCUGCAUCAUUCACAAAGCCCUUUAGACCUCCCAUACAGAAAGCAAAUUUGACCCCAGCAAAGCCAUCAACUAUGGAAAUUGUCAACAAUGAACAACACCAGUCGCCCAUUUCCUCAUCUUCAAAGCGCUCCAUCCCAACACCCGCAGCCGCCCAACGAGCAGUUGCUGCUUCAUCAUUUUAUACGAGACAAUCACCUAAACCAUUCAAUGAAAGGAUUGUAUUGGGAGAGAAGAGCAACAAGGAGAGGCUACAAUGGGGGGGAGCGUUAUUCAACCCUCAUGCUGAAGGUGCAGUGGUGAUGCCCAGGCCUGGGGAAAAGCUGGCUAAAUUGAAAGGCACAACCAUCGUGGAUGUGGUGCUUGACCCCGUCUUGGGGAACUUAUUGCGGGACCAUCAGAAAGAAGGUGUCAAAUUUAUGUACUCGUGUGUCAUGGGGAUGACCGGUGCGGAAGGCGAAGGAUGCAUCCUUGCGGAUGAGAUGGGUUUGGGCAAGACGCUUCAAACAAUAGCACUCAUUUACACCAUGCUGAAGCAGUCUCCCUUUGCCAAUCAAACAUCCAUUAUCGGCAAAGCGAUCAUUGUGUGUCCGGUAACGUUGGUGGACAAUUGGCGCAAAGAGUUCAAGAAAUGGGUGGAUAGGCGAGUGAACGUUCUGGUGGCCGAUGGUACAGAUUAUAGGGUAUCGUCUUUUGUCAACAACAAGCACCAACAUGUUCUGAUCAUUGGUUACGAAAGGCUUCGCAAAGUCGUCAAAGAACUUGCUUCGUGCAUUCCGCCAAUUGACCUUAUCGUCUGUGACGAAGGACAUCGCCUGAAAUCCAAAGACAAUAAAACGAUAAAAAUGUUCGAUAUGCUCAAAACCCAACGCCGUAUUAUCUUAUCAGGGACGCCAGUACAGAACGAUCUAGGUGAAUAUUGGGCGAUGGUCAAUUUUGCUUGUCCGGGUGUGUUGGGAAAAUACUCGGCUUUCGCAAAGCAUUAUGAAAAGCCAAUAUUAAAAAGCAGAACACCUAACUGUUCAGCGAAAGAUGUAGAGCUAGGCAGGGAAAGAGCAAAUGAUUUAGCCAAGUUGUCCAAGGAGUUUGUCCUGCGAAGGACGGCUGCAGUGCUUGAAAAUUAUUUGCCUCCCAAGUACGAGUACGUAAUUUUUAUCGCCCCAUCCCUUCUUCAGCUUUCGGUCCUUUCAAACCUCCUCGACCCUAAUAUCGUCGGAAGCUUCAUCCGAGGCUAUGGUGCGCAGUCAUUAGCUCUAAUUGAUCUCAUGAGGAAAAUUUCCAAUUCUCCUAUGCUUUUAAAACGAAGAGACGACGAAUUAGCACGAGCAAAUGAUGAUUUAGGCUCAGCCACCUCAGCAGCAAUCUCUGCUAUCCCUAGCGAUGCCAACAUCAACGAUGUGACUACGUCUGGCAAGAUGCUCAUGCUUGACAAAAUGCUCCAUUCCAUCUACCAAUGCACUGAAGAAAAAGUUGUUGUUGUGUCUAACUGGACUUCUACACUUGACUUGAUCCAAGGAUUAUGUAAACUGAAGAGGUACAAUUAUCUCAGACUUGAUGGUAGUACUCCGCCGAAGCAGAGACAAGAGCUAGUUGAUAGGUUCAACAAAGACAAGGGAAGACAAGAAAGUUUUGUUUUUCUGCUUAGUGCCAAAGCUGGCGGAGUGGGACUCAACCUGAUUGGUGGAUCGAGGUUGAUUUUGUUCGACAGCGAUUGGAACCCCUCCACCGACCUCCAAGCUAUGGCCCGGAUACAUCGCGACGGGCAAAAGCGCCCAGUCUAUAUCUAUCGCUUUCUCACUACUAACGCCAUCGAUGAGAAAAUCUAUCAACGUCAAAUUACUAAGACGGGGCUAUCAGACCAGAUGAUGGAUCAAACGCGUACAGAGAAACAGACGAGCAAAGAUUCUUUCUCGGCAGCAGAAUUGAGGGACAUAUUCACCCUGAAUGUACGAACGGACGGUUGUCAAACACAUGAUUUGUUGGGUUGUCAGUGCACGAGAAAACCUGUAGGCGAAACGAGGGACAUUGCGGAAGGGGAGCAUAAUUCAAAGGACCUGCCAGACAAUGCGUCUGAGGAAAGUGAUAAUGACGAAAACGAUCAUCCCACUUUUGUCAGUGCCAAUAAAUAUGAUCCCGAACCCACUCCCAAAAUGCGUCGCAAGGCCAUUCAAGAGCAAAAAAACAAACUCGCCGCGCUGAAGCACUGGGCACAUUUCGAUCCUUUUGAACCUGCAUCAUUCCGUGGCAUACAAGACUCUCUUCUGUAUAACGUACUGUUCGAUUCGUGGGAGACUGAUAGUGCCCCUUUAUCCCAAAACAUCAAAACAUAUGGCUCUCUGGCCUUCGAGAGCCCCCAUGAAAGGCAUGAGGAUGAUCUUGACUCAGAUGAAGAAGUUUUGGUACCCAAAAAACGCAAAUCUGGGAUAGUAAGAAGUGGAGUCAUGCUGAAGAAAGCGAGGGCAGCGGACGAGGAGAAUACGGGGUUCAGCCAAAGAAGGCAUAAUCUGAGAAGCAUCGCGGAAAGUGGAGGAACUGGGAGAGUGACAUUUGUGUUUGAGAAGAUAUCAAAAAGUACCAUAGCCUAAAUUACGUCGGUGCUUGUAUGAGGCGCUGUAUAAAUAGGAAGUCGUGUGCAUUUGACGCGACAAGUCUAGAUUUUUCACGUAGAGUAUACAUAAAUAUACUGGAUGUAGCAUGCAGUACAACAAGACGAGGAUGACUAGGCC